GAGCCUUCGAUAGCUCUUGUCUCCUUGCAGAUAGUGCGGCGCUCGCAUCGAUGGGAGAGUAGAAAGGGGCAACUCUUUCGGAUCACAUUCACCACGACCAUGCAGUUCGCUUUACCUCCGCGGAAGAGCUCAAAUCCUCCCCUGUAUGCUCGACCCUCACCAUCCUCAGCCCUACGGCGUCGACAACUCAAAUCCGUUGCUGUUCUGGGGUUCAUAAUCAUUUCUGUAUUCUUCUUUAUUUCCCAUAUUUUUUCCUCCGGUGAUUCUUCGACGACGACGGUUGCUAGUGGGCCAAAAGUGGUGCUGGUCACGGUUCUGGACGAGCAAAGUUUAAGUGAUAAGUACAUCCAGCGGAUCAAGCAGAAUCGGGAGGACUAUGUGAAACGACAUGGGUACAUCAACUUCUUCGCAAGUACAUCGGAAUACGUCUCCGUCCUUAACAAUGCCCCUCGAAGCUGGGCAAGUGUUCCGGCCGUCCGGCAUGCGAUGACAUUAUAUCCCGGAAGCACAUACUUCUUCCACCUCUCCCCUCAUUCACUUAUCAUGGAUCCCACGAUACCUAUAACCUCACACGUUCUCGAUCCCAAGCAGCUCGAGUCCCUUAUGCUCAAAGACAUCCCCGUUGUGCCGCCAGACAGCGUGAUAAAAACCUUCAGCCACUUAUCCGGAAAGGAUGUCGAUUUAGUUAUUACUCAAGAUGCGGAGAACUUAUGCCCCGGUAGCUUCGUUAUCAGACAGGGAGAAUGGGCGAAAUACUUCCUCGACGCUUGGUUUGACCCAUUAUAUCGGCGCUAUAACUUUGCCAAAGCCGAAACCCAUGCUCUUGACCACAUCGUACAAUGGCACCCGACCAUGCUCGCCAGGCUUGCCCUCGUCCCACAGCGAAUAUUAAACUCUUAUAGUCCACAAUCAUCCAAACCAGCUGCCAGCGGCAAGUAUCGCGAAGGCGAUUUUCUCAUUCGAUUCAAGGGCUGCGAAGCGGGUGGACAACGGAAUUGCGAGCAAGAAAUGGAGCCAUAUUUUCAAGAAUGGGCGAAGAAGACAGGCAAUGAUAAAUGA